AUGUUGUCCAUACUUUCGACGCUCACGCUCCUUUCACUGCCUUUUGUUGCCGUCUGCCAGUCUGCGUCUGAUGGCUACACGGGCUACAAGCUCAAUGUGCGGGACGACGGGGACCCAACUGCCGUGCUCUACGAGACUGAGAAUACGUCCACGUCGAACAUCUCAGCAUUGAGCCCAGUACCAGAUGUUCUCCUCAACGCUUCGGUCCAUGUUGGCGAGAUCUUUGUUGGCGUGGAUAAUCUGACGGCCAAGAUCAACCUCGAUGCACAGGUCCUCCAGUUGCUGCAGUUCAACGCAGGAGUCGAUGUAUCGAUUGACAAGGUGCAGCUCACAAUCCAAAACGUGACUGCAAAAGUAUACCUGGAAGCCCGUCUCGGCAACCUCGUCACCAUGGUCAGCGACGUCCUCGACAGCAUCGACCUCAACCCCGUCAUUGCGGAGCUCGGAAACGGUCUCGGAUCCAUCAUAAACGACACCGCCGGCCUCGUUGGCGACGUCGCGGGUGGCCUCACAGGAAGUAACCAAACGGCGCAAUCUCGCAAACGCAGCAUCGACACCCACCAAUGGGAUCUCCGCAACAACAUCCUCUACUCCGUGUCCAGCAACUUCGAAGGCAACGCACACAAGCAGCGUGUGCUUGCUCAAAACGGCGACAUUGUCGAGCAAAUGUUAAACAACUACGGCUCCAUUUCUAGCUCCAAAGUCGUGGGCAACUACCGCACUGACAUGCGCUUCAACGGCUUCAACGAGACGGUCAUAUUUAGGGGCGAGGAGGUGUGGGAGGAGGAGUACGUGUACGAGCCUUUUAUGGGCUUGUACUCUGUGAGUGGUGUUUUCAAGAGGAAGAGUAAUGGUGAGGUUGUGGGGACGCAGUUACUGGCUGAGGCGAGGGGAGGUGGGAGCGCGCUUUUGGGGAAUGAGAAGGCUUGA